GCUUUGCCCAUGAACUUGAAUGAGUUCAAUGCAAAGUUUGUUGCCGCGGCCUCGGGCUCUACGCUCACUGCGUUAACAAUGACCCCGUUCGAUGUUGUCAAGACCCGUUUACAAACGCAACAACCAUUACCAGUGCGAGCCCGGCCCUUACCGAAUGUUUGCUGCCAGCCCUCCAAUGUUCAAUGCGUGCGCCAGAUGUCAACGUUUGCUCGCUCCUUCACCGCUGAGCAAAUCGUCUGUGUCUGGGAUCAUGGUGUUUUCCGAGCUGAGCCGGUUUCCGGUUUUACUGACGCGGUUCGUCACGUGUGGAGAGCCGAAGGCAUACGAGGGCUUUGGAAAGGCGUUGGAACCACCUUGGUCAUUGGAGUGCCGUCCUCUACGUGUUAUAUGCUGACUUAUGACUAUUUACUCCACUCCGCGCUGGCUCCUCUAUUACCCGCAUCGCUUGCUCCCUUAUGCUCUGGCAUCCUUGCACGCUCUACUAUUACGUCCAUCGUGUCGCCUCUCGAACUCAUUCGCACAAACCUUCAAUCAACACCCAACCAUGGCCAAAGUCCCCACACUCUUCGAUCAGUUCUCCACUCGAUACACGGCCUGGCUCGGGAGAACGGCAUCCGCUUUCUUUGGAGGGGUCUUGGUCCUACGCUCUGGCGCGAUGUCCCUUUCUCUGGGAUAUACUGGGCUGGCUACGAGUCGACUAAAAACGCGUUCCGACAACGCGGUCAAACCGGGGCAUAUGUGUCCUUCAUCAGCGGUUCACUUAGCGGCAUCUCAGCUGCCCUCUUCACUCAUCCAUUUGAUGUUCUUAAAACACGACGUCAAGCUCUGAUAAUGAGCUCAUCUACCAACUCCCAAAAGUCGAGUGUUGCUUUACUUGCGCGGAUUGUGCAAACAGAGGGAACUUCGGCACUAUUCGCCGGCUUACUACCCCGAGUCGCAAAAAUAGCCCCGGCUUGUGGUAUCAUGAUUGCUUCAUAUGAGGGACUCGGGAAGCUGUUGCUGAAAAAUUAG